GGCGGAAGGAGGCGCUUUCUGGUAGCAGCAGAUUCCGAGGGAAGCGUCCCUGGCAAAGAUGAUUCAGGCGAUUCUGGUUUUCAACAAUCACGGGAAGCCUCGGCUGGUUCGCUUCUACCAGCGUUUCCCAGAAGAAAUUCAACAGCAGAUUGUUCGAGAGACUUUCCAUCUAGUCCUCAAGAGGGAUGACAACAUCUGUAACUUCUUGGAGGGUGGAAGUUUGAUUGGUGGUGCUGACUACAAAUUGAUUUACCGGCACUAUGCUACCCUCUACUUUGUAUUUUGUGUGGAUUCAUCAGAGAGUGAACUUGGGAUCUUGGACCUCAUUCAGGUUUUUGUGGAGACUCUGGAUAAGUGUUUUGAAAAUGUUUGUGAAUUGGAUUUGAUCUUCCAUAUGGAUAAGGUGCAUUAUAUCCUCCAGGAGGUGGUGAUGGGUGGGAUGGUGUUGGAAACAAACAUGAAUGAAAUUGUGGCUCAGAUUGAAACUCAAAACAGGCUGGAGAAAUCAGAGGGUGGCCUUUCAGCAGCACCCGCGCGGGCCGUGUCUGCUGUGAAGAACAUGAAUCUGCCUGAGAUCCCACGGAACAUCAACAUUGGCGAUAUCAACAUCAAAGUCCCCAAUCUGUCGCAGUUUGUCUGAGGGUGGAGGGUUGGAGACCUUAAGACAGACAAAGACAGUCAAGUCUGGAAACAAUCCAUUUUGAGCCUUAGAAGAGUCAAGCCUCAGGACCUUGAACCUUUCUGACUGGGAAGACCAUCUGGCCUGGAAUGGGGAAGGGAUUCAGAUACCACUGUGUGGUGCGAUUAGUUCUCGCACAUACAGUCAUGCCACUGUAUACAUGGCACUGGUGAUGUGAGUGGGCAGUCAGUGUGGCCAGGCCACUUGCACAUUUACCUCCUGCACACAGCUGCUCCCAGGGACUGAGGACUGUGUGGAUCAAGCCCACCUGUGGCCCAGAACCCCAUCACUAGGGCUGAGUACUUUCUCUGACUAAAAUUUUCUUCUUCAGUACCACAGGUUUCUGAGGUCCUCUGGCAUUUACUUGUGGCAAGCCACAUAGGGAAGAGGACCAGCCCUUCAGACCUUGGGAUGUGGCAAGUGGCAAGUAAGGGUAGGGUAUAUAAGAACCACAGGCUCUCCUAGGGUUACACCCAGAAUCCUUUUGUAUAACCAAGCUGUCUGGUCAUCACCUCCUGUUAAAUACAUCCCCUGUGGCUUCA